GGUAGUUUCAGAGUUUGUACUAAAAAAAAAACCUUUUAAAAUAUUCACUAAAUUCAAUUUUAAAGAAGUAGCCGUUGUUUUAAUUAAAUAUUUAGGAUCGUUUUGUUUGGGUAAUGCAUUUUUCGAAAUGAACGCAAAAUUAUUGAGAGUCACACCUUUGGGACCUUUGACCUUCUCCAAGGAAAACAACAAUACGACAAACAUAUCCGUGAAUAAUAUAUCCAAAGUUCCAGUGUUGUAUAAGCUCCAAAGUACCGUCUGGGGCAAGUUCAAAUUGCGACCCCGUUGGGGCGUGCUGUUACCGAACGAACAAACCGAAUGCCGCAUCGCCCUCAGCAAGGGGGCUGAUCUCUCGAAACGCGGCCUCGAUCGUGUGAUAUUGGUCUGCAUGAUGGCCCCCAUUAACUCGGUGGACAUGGACUUUACUUCGGCCUUCUGGCGUCACAAUAUCUGCUACGAUCCGACGGUGGAAAAGCAUUCGCUGAGUUUUCAGCAAUCGAAAGAUGCCAUGAGUCCGAGAGAAGAGCGUUUUGUCCCCAUAUAUUGGAGGUGAUUUUGCGGAAGAAACCUUUUUGAGUGACUAUGUCCUGGCAAUUAUCCUGACUACGGACUGGCUGUUGUCUCGUAAUGGCCAACGCAAUGACAGCGUAAUUGGUGGGGAAUGGUCCAUUGCUGUCGUCCUUUUGCCUUUCAUUAAAAACUAAGAGCGUGUCUAUCUAA